CCCCGGCCCCCGCACCGGCAGGAGGAGGAGCUGCGGCGCCGCGGCCACUUGGGCAGGUCGGCUGUGCGGCCAGAACCCGCCGACGGCGCGGGCUGCUGGUCCCCACGCGAACGAGGCGCAGGCGGUCCUGGGGCCAUGGAGCCUGGUGACGCGGCGCGCCCUGGCUCGGGACCGGGUGUCCCAGCGCUGUCGCGGUGGCUGCUGCUGCUGCUACUGCUUCUGCUGGGUCGGGGGCUGCGAGCCGCCGCCGCGGCCUCCUCCUCUGGGGCGGCGGCCGAGGACAGCAGCGCCAUGGAGGAGCUCGCCACUGAGAAGGAGGCGGAGGAGAGCCACCGGCAAGACAGCGUGAGCCUGCUCACCUUCAUCCUGCUGCUUACUCUCACCAUCCUCACCAUCUGGCUUUUCAAGCACCGCCGGGUGCGCUUCCUGCACGAGACCGGGCUGGCCAUGAUUUAUGGGCUCAUUGUUGGGGUGAUCCUGAGGUAUGGUACCCCUGCCACCAGUGGCCGUGACAAGUCACUCAGCUGCACUCAGGAAGACAGGGCCUUCAGCACCUUAUUAGUAAAUGUCAGUGGGAAGUUCUUCGAAUAUACCCUGAAAGGCGAGAUCAGCCCUGGCAAGAUCAACAACGUGGAGCAGAAUGACAUGCUGCGGAAGGUAACAUUUGAUCCAGAGGUGUUUUUCAACAUUCUGCUGCCUCCAAUUAUUUUCCAUGCGGGAUACAGUUUAAAGAAGAGACACUUUUUUAGAAAUCUUGGAUCCAUUCUGGCCUAUGCCUUCUUGGGGACUGCUGUUUCCUGCUUCAUUAUUGGAAAUCUCAUGUAUGGUGUGGUGAAGCUCAUGAAGAUUGUGGGACAGCUCUCAGAUAAAUUUUACUACACAGAUUGUCUCUUUUUUGGAGCAAUCAUCUCUGCCACUGAUCCAGUGACUGUGCUGGCGAUAUUUAACGAGUUGCAUGCAGAUGUGGAUCUUUAUGCACUUCUGUUUGGAGAGAGUGUCCUAAAUGAUGCCGUUGCCAUUGUACUGUCCUCGUCUAUCGUUGCCUACCAGCCGGCUGUACUGAACACUCAUGCCUUUGAUGCUGCUGCCUUUUUUAAGUCAGUUGGAAUUUUUCUAGGUAUAUUUAGUGGCUCUUUUACUAUGGGAGCUGUGACUGGUGUUGUGACUGCACUAGUGACCAAGUUUACCAAGCUGCACUGCUUCCCCCUGCUGGAGACAGCACUCUUCUUCCUCAUGUCCUGGAGCACAUUCCUCUUGGCAGAAGCCUGCGGAUUUACAGGUGUUGUAGCAGUUCUUUUCUGUGGAAUCACACAAGCUCAUUACACUUACAACAAUCUGUCCGUGGAAUCAAGAAGUCGAACCAAGCAGCUCUUUGAGGUGUUACACUUCCUGGCAGAGAACUUCAUCUUCUCCUACAUGGGCCUGGCGCUGUUUACCUUCCAGAAGCACGUUUUCAGUCCCAUUUUCAUCAUUGGCGCUUUCGUUGCCAUCUUCCUGGGCAGAGCCGCGCAUAUCUACCCGCUCUCCUUCUUCCUCAACUUGGGCAGAAGACAUAAGAUUGGCUGGAACUUUCAACACAUGAUGAUGUUUUCAGGCCUCAGGGGAGCGAUGGCUUUUGCUUUGGCCAUCCGGGACACCGCAUCCUAUGCUCGCCAGAUGAUGUUCACCACCACACUCCUCAUCGUCUUCUUCACUGUCUGGGUCAUUGGAGGAGGCACGACGCCCAUGUUGUCCUGGCUUAAUAUAAGAGUUGGCGUCGAGGAGCCCUCCGAAGAGGACCAGAAUGAACACCGCUGGCAGUACUUCAGAGUUGGUGUUGACCCAGAUCAAGACCCACCACCCAACAAUGACAGCUUUCAAGUCUUACAAGGGGAUGGCCCAGAUUCUGCCACAGGAAACCGGACAAAGCAGGAGAGUGCGUGGAUAUUCAGGCUGUGGUACAGCUUUGACCAUAAUUACUUGAAGCCCAUCCUCACACACAGUGGCCCCCCACUAACCACCACUCUCCCUGCCUGGUGUGGCUUGCUAGCUCGAUGUCUGACCAGUCCCCAAGUGUACGACAACCAAGAGCCAUUGCGAGAGGAAGACUCUGAUUUCAUCCUGACCGAGGGUGACCUCACCUUGACCUACGGGGACAGCACAGUGACUGCGAAUGGCUCCUCGGGCUCCCACACAGCCUCCACAAGUCUUGAGAGUGGUCGGAGAAUGAAGAGUAGCUCCGAGGAAGUGCUGGAGCGAGACCUGGGAAUGGGAGACCAGAAGGUUUCAAGCUGGGGCACCCGCCUCGUGUUUCCACUGGAGGAUAAUAACUCGUGACUUCCCCUCAAACCCUGAAGUGAUGGGGUAGCCUCCCAGUGGGGUGAGGAUGGCUGCAAGCCCCAGUGUUUGAGGUGGGGCAUUGACUGGAUUGAACUAACACUUCUACUUUAUUGGGGUCUGAAGCUAUCAUAAUGCUUAAAAUUUAACCCAAGAUGCAGAUGGUGAGGCAAAGUAUCUAUAAGACAAAUGCAGACCUAUUCCCAAUUUUCACGUAGUGUUUCAGAGUUAAACAAA